CUAAGCAAAACUUUUAAUCACUAUCCCGUAGGAAGUACAACAUGAAUCUCAGGAAAAUAUCAACGAAUCUAAAACUCCCCAAUUAUGCAUUAGCAAUUGCUCAAGAUUAUUUACCAUCAACAUUCUUUCAAUAUGAUUUCAAAACGUCAAAUCAAGUUAGACCAGCACACACGGACAUUCCAAAACCAAAUUUUCAGGAAUACCGUCGAAAACCUUUAGAAAAUCCAAACGCACUAUCAUCAGAGAGUGUCGACAAUCGUCGUGCCAUCAUGUCUCUCUUUUCAUUUGUCGGAGGCAUUGGAACUUUGUACGGCUGUAAGGCCCAUCUCGUGCAAUACGUGUUAUUCCUCAGUCCAGCCCGAGAUGUUUUGGCGACCGCAUCAACAAGCGUCAGCAUAACCGAUAUACCUGAGGGUAAAACAAUGAUUGUCAAAUGGCGUGGAAAGCCAAUUUUCAUCACACACAGAACCCAACAAGUUAUCAAUACAGAACGCGCUGUGAAUUUGGCUGAUCUAAGACAUCCGGAAACGGAUGAUCAACGCGUUCAACGUCCAGAAUGGUUGGUAAUCGUUGGUAUCUGUACGCAUUUAGGAUGCGUUCCUAUUCCUAAUGCAGGUAAUUACCCCGGAGGAUAUUUUUGUCCUUGUCAUGGCUCCCAUUUCGAUGGUUCUGGUCGCACGCGCAAAGGACCGGCGCCAACUAACAUGGAAAUACCAACUUAUAAAUUCCUGGAUGAUAACACUCUUUUUAUUGGGUGAUGAGAGGUCUGUUUAUCGAUUAUUACACGAUCUUAUUACGCUGAUCGAUUAAUGGUUAUUAACGACAUUCAAUAUAUAUUAACUAUUGGCAACUGUGUCUCUGUAUUUAUUUGAAAAGAGCAGUAGCUAGAAUUUCAAGUAAAUUUCACGAUUACGUCAUGGAUGACGAAAUAGAUUUUGCGCGAACUUAAAUUUUUUAUUUAAAUAUUGAAAAAAACGAUGAAUUAACUUUUCAAUAAAUACGGUAACACUACAAACGCGAGAACAAAUAAGAUUCGCACGUAGAAUUUUUCGGCGAUUGGAAAGAGUCGCAGACGGGAUACACGAAGAUUAGGGCUACUGUGCAGGUAGAAUGUUUGCAUAAACAAUUUAACAGAAAAACAGAAAAAAUACAGUGAGCAUAAAAUCGUCAGAAAGUGGCAUUCUCUCAUGGGACCGUCAUGGAAGAUAUUUACAAUUAGCGAAAACGAAAUUAAUUUGGUACGCCAAUGAUGGAGCGUCCCUUGUUUCCAAUAAGGCCCGUCAUCCGGAAGGGGUAAACGGAUAUCCGUAUCGAGUGCCGUGUCCGGCACUAUCGUCCUUUUACUUAGAGGGACUGGAGCGACAUUCAGUCCCGGUAAGCGAGAAAAUGACUGUCGAGACAAGAGGCCUAGACGGGUAUUGUUUCAGAUAUAUUCACAAAAGAUCUAAAAAAAUUCUGGUAGCGAAAGAUAGGCGGAGCGGGCCGAGCCGAGUGCAGGAGUCCUUAAUGCGUCCGAUCGUGAAUACUCCGUGCGAAGUGCAGGAUCUAGCGAUGUGUGGGCCCUGGUGUCUUCUCUGGGGACCACUGAU